AUGACCUGCCACCCACACGGGGAACACGAGGACGACGCCGAGACUGAGUUCCUCUCCGUGUACCUCGAGCUCAUGAGCAAAGCCGUGCGCGCCAGGGCCAUCUUCGAUAUCUUCCUCAUGAGCCGCGAGGGCGUGCCGUCAUCCUUGUUCAUGAAGAGGUGCGUGCGCAUGUACCCACCAGGGUGCCACUCCACGUUAUGGGGGUUCCGUCGGUUCGUCGACUGGAAGGAUCUCGAGGAUUACUGCUUCGUCAAGGACGACGGCCGCGUCACCCUCAUGUGGGCGGUCGUGGUCGUCAACCCCGCACCAACGAUACCAGUGCCGCCCUCCGACAUGGGAACCCAUCUUGGCAGCCUGCUGCUGGACGGCGCCGUUGGCACGGAUGUUUCAUUCGUCGUGGACAGGGGCGAGACGUUCCGAGCUCAGCGCGUCCUCCUGGCCGCCCGCUCCCCGGUCUUCAAGGCGGAGCUCUUUGGCCUCAUGAUGGAAGCUAAAGCAUCGUCCGUUGUUGUGCACGAUAUCGACCCCGAGACUUUCAAGGCCAUGCUCGUGUUCAUGUACACAGAUAAUUUGACAGCCGGAGAUGUCGGCACCACCGAGAUGUUCCGAUCUUUGCUCGUUGCGGCAGAUCGCUAUGCCUUGGACCGCCUCAAGCUUCUAUGUGCCCAAAAGCUGUUGGACAAUGUGUCCAUGGAUAUUCUUACCACUAUGAUAGACUUUGCCGAAACAUACAACUGCCCGGAGCUAAAGAACAAGUGUGUUGAGUUUGCUAUGGCAGAGGGAAAAUUCAACAAAUUCGGACAGUCGAUGAUGAACGCUGCUGCGCAAAAGCAUAUUGGAUGUUUGGGAUAUUUGCUUGCAUUUUCGCUGCUAUUAUCUUCCUGUUAG